CUUUAUGAAAGUGGGCGUAUCUCAUUCUCUUAGCUGAGGAGAAUCAGAGAAGGGAAAGGAGUCACCCAGUAUGAGUGCCGAAGCGGUGAAGGUGAUUGUGCGAUGUCGUCCGAUGAACGAGCGAGAAAACAAACUCAACUGCGAGGCGGUUCUGUCAAUGGCCACAGACAUUGGACAAGUCCAGCUUAGGAAACCAAAGGCAAAAGACUCUCCCUUCAAACUGUUCACUUUCGACGGAGUCUUCUACACCCAAGACACCACUGAGCAGAUAUACGAGGACAUCUGUUUCCCGCUAGUGGAGGGUGUUCUGAACGGCUACAACGGCACGGUCUUUGCCUACGGUCAGACGGGCUGUGGAAAGAGCUACACUAUGAUGGGGGUCGAUGACCCGCCGGCAAACCGAGGGAUAAUCCCGCAGGCAUUCGACCACAUUUUCGACCAUGUGGCGGUGAGCGUGGGGACCAGGUACCUACUGACAGCCUCGUACCUGGAGAUCUACAACGAAGAAGUGAGGGAUCUUCUGGGGAGAGACGUGAAGAAGAGGCUGGAGCUCCACGAACACCCGGAGAAGGGCGUCUACGUUCAGGAUCUCUCCAGCCACAAGGUGCACAAUGUUGGUGACCUGGGCAGAGUGAUGGAGUUGGGCAGCAAGAACCGCUCCGUGGGGGCCACUCUCAUGAACGUGGACUCCUCACGCUCCCACUCCAUCUUCACCAUCGACAUUGAGAUGGUGGGGGAGGGGGCGAGCGGGCUCCGAGUGGGCCGGCUCAACCUGGUUGACCUGGCCGGAAGCGAGAGACAGUCCAAGACUGGAUUCGAAUUUUCUGGAAAUUCCUACCCAUCUUUCUCUUCGUCUCUUUCCCUCACUGGACUACCUCUGGUGGACGGUCGCUCCACCCACAUUCCCUACAGAGACUCGAAGCUGACUCGUCUACUCCAGUCCUCACUGGGAGGCAACACCAAGACCAUCAUGGUGGCCUGCAUUAGCCCAGCCGACAACAACUACGACGAAACUCUCAGCACCCUGCGCUAUGCCAACAGAGCCAAAAACAUCAAGAACAAACCACGAGUCAACGAAGACCCGAAGGACGCCCUCUUGCGGGAGUACCGCGAAGAGAUUGAGAAACUGAAGCAGCUGUUGUCCGGGGGAGGGGGAGGGGGAGGGGCUCCGCUGGAGACCACACCCACUGCAAGAGAGAGGGAGGGGGAGUGGGAGGAGGAGGAACGACGUCAUCGUAACUGGGAGGCCGAGAGGGAUGCCAUCAGUAGAGAGUACGAGAGGAAGAUGGCAGAACUGAGGCAGCAGUAUGAUCAAGUGCAUGCAGACAAAGCCAAGCUGCAGGAUCACCUCUCUGAGCUACAGCUACAGCAACAGCUGGAACUGGAGAACCUGCAGAACCGGUUGAACCAGUCGGCCAACCAGUCCACCAGUGGCCCCCCAGGGGUACCCCCUACCACACACGAAACCAGACCACCAGGAGCCAAUCUACAGGUAUCAGCCACAGGAGGAGCAGGUGAGUCUCAGCAGUUGAUAGAGCACGAGGCGGCACUGCAGAGGCUGGAGGAGCUCCAGGGGACGAUGAUUGGAGGAGAGAGGGCGGGGGACGUGCAGUUGAGGGAGGGACUGGAAGAGAGGAGGAGGAGGGCCCAGGACAAGAGAGAGAUGCUCCUGAGAGCCAGCAGAACUGCCGACGAUGACGACGGCAUUAUUGAGGGGAUCUUCAACUCUCUCACUGACGAGGUAAGAGCCAAGUCCAGGGCUCUGGAGAGGACAAAGAUGAAGCUGCGCUCGGCUGAAGAGGACGUUUCUGAUCUUCAGACUGAGUUUGAAUUGGAGAGACAGGGCUACCUCGACACUAUUCGCAACCAGGGUCGACUGUUGAAACUCCACCACCACCUCCUGGAGACUGUGGCCGGUCUCAUACGGAGGGACUGUAACUACUACAACAUUGAGAAAGAUCAAACACGAGUGUACGUGGGACCUGGACCGCGAGGAGUGGAACGUACCGCCCGUCAUCGUCACCAAAACCAGCCUCUCUCCCGUCUCCUCACACAAGUCCCUCCAGAGAAAGAGUGCUUCCACGUCUACUCUAUCAACGUCCUCGAAAAUGAAAGGGGCAUCCCCAUCGACCUCUCCCCGGGGUGGUACCCACGGGGGGACAAUAAUGGAGGAGGGGGAGGGGGAGGGGGAGUGGAGGGGGAGUGGGGCAGAAAUGGACUAUUUCAAGCCAAAGAGGGCUCUUGA